GUAUAUUGCCACAAACAAAACUGAAACAUCAUUUUAUGAUGUAAACUGAAUUUAACUGAGCAAAAGAAUAUCCGAAAUAUAAGCGUAACGACGUUUAUGGUAUUUUAUUUUGACAAGGGUAACAUGAAUUGACCCGGAAGUAUUCCAGUAUUUUGAGUUUUGCAAUGUUGCUACUGCUGCUCGUCACAUGGCACUUUAUCUCAAAGUUUCUCGCCACAGCUGCAGAUAAUGAACUCUGGUUCAAAUCAGAAGACUUUGUUCCAGACAUGGGGAGCCGCCGUCUCUCAAAGCACAUUUGGCCAACCGAAAAAAGGCGCUAAAGGCGAUAAAGCCGCUGGGCGGCGGAGAAAAAUCCCAAGUACAGGCAACACAGGUAAGGUGGCUCCAUCACAACCUCCACGUAACCCUCUAUGGAGUGAAACGGGACAUUCGUCAACAUUCACAGCAGAGACCCCAGUGAGGACAGAGGAGCCCGCACCUGCGUUUGAAUAUGAAGAUGAGGAUGAUGAUCUCAUGGUUGUUGCUGUGUACGAGGCUGAAAAGAGCCUGCAAUGUAAUAAUACCAACUUUAUUCAGCAUGACAACCCAGUAGGAGCAGAAAGCAGGGCCCUUUCUCCAGCACCAUCAGGUGCCAGGACAUAUCCUGACCUCCCUGGGUUUGACAGCUCCUCAGCUAAGGUAUGGAUCUACCCCACCAAUUACCCCAUCAGGGAGUACCAGCUGAAGAUGUCAGAGGCUGCUCUGUUCCACAACACACUGGUGUGUCUGCCCACUGGUCUGGGAAAAACCUUUAUAGCCUCCGUGGUCAUGUACAACUUCUACCGCUGGUAUCCGUCAGGGAAGAUUGUUUUCAUGGCUCCCACGAAACCCCUGGUGGCACAACAGAUCGAGGCCUGUUACAAAGUGAUGGGGAUCCCUCAGGCUCACAUGGCUGAGUUGACAGGCAGCACCGCAGCGAAGCAGAGACAGGAGAUAUGGCGGUCCAAGCGUGUCUUCUUCCUCACCCCUCAGGUCAUGGUGAAUGAUUUGUCCAGAGGCACCUGCCCGGCUCAGCAGGUCAAGUGUGUGGUGAUAGAUGAAGCCCAUAAAGCACUGGGCAACCACGCUUACUGUCAGGUGAUCGGACAACUUGGCAGCCAGACUCUGCAAUUCCGCGUCCUAGCUCUGAGUGCAACUCCAGGAGGGGAUGCAAAGGCGGUGCAGUCAGUGAUCUCUAAUUUACUCAUCUCCCACAUUGAGCUGCGUUCAGAGGAAAGCCCUGACAUCCAGGCCCACUCCCACCAGCGCAGCGUGGACAAAAUGAUUGUUCCUCUGGGGGAGGCCCUUUCUGCUCACCAGGGGCGCUAUCUGCAGGUGCUGGAGAAAUUCAUGUCUCGUCUGGUCCAGAACCGGGUGAUGUCCCCCAAAGACCUGAAGACUCUUACCAAAUACCAGCUCAUCCUGGCCAGGGACCAGUUUCGCAAAAACCCACCUCCGCAAAUCAAGGGAGCACAGUUGGGAAUGCUGGAGGGCGACUUUGCCCUCUGCAUCAGUCUGUACCAUGGCUAUGAGCUGCUGAUGCAGAUGGGGCUCCGAUCACUGUUUUUCUACAUCCAGGGAAUCAUGGACGGUUCCAGAGAAAUGUCCAGGGCGAGGAACGAGCUGCAGAGGACGCCCGUCUUCAUGGACCUCUACCAUGAGAUGGAAGCAAUGUUUGUAAAGCCAUCUGCUGGUCCAGAUGAGCCGUUCAUUUACAGUCACCCCAAACUGGAGAAACUGGAGGGGGUCGUACUGCAGCACUUCAGUCUGUGGGCCGAGAGCUCAGCAGACUGUAAUGGUCUUCGGGCAGAAAACACACGCGUGAUGAUAUUUUCGUCUUUCCGGGAAAGCGUUCAGGAGAUCGCAGACAUGUUGAACCGCCAUGCCCCGAUGAUCAAGGUCAUGACCUUCAUGGGCCAGGCCUCAGCUGGGAAGGGGGUCAAAGGGUUCACCCAAAAGGAACAGCUGGAGGUGGUGCACAGGUUCCGGCAGGGAGGCUUUAACACACUGGUGUCGACUUGUGUCGGGGAAGAGGGGUUGGACAUCGGAGAGGUUGACCUUAUUGUCUGCUUUGAUGCGCAGAAGAAUCCGAUCCGCCUUGUGCAGCGGAUGGGACGUACUGGACGUAAGCGCCAGGGACGCAUUGUUGUCAUCCUGGCUGAGGGACGUGAGGAGAGGACGUACAACCAGAGCCAGAGCAACAAGCGGAGUGUGUACAAGUCCAUCAUUGGCAACAGAACUGGGUUCCACAUGUACCCCAGCAGUCCUCGCAUGCUGCCGGAGGGAUUAAACCCCACCUUGCACAAGAUGCACAUUACGUGUGGCCAGUUUGACCAGCGGGAGAACAGGAGGUCGUCUGGUGGAGGUCGGCGGUCCCACUCUGAGGGACGCGUCUCACUCAUCCACCCUCAAAACCUGAUUCGGCAGGGCAGGGCAACGUCGGACGGCUUCCUGAGCAGCGCAGAUUAUUCCACGUGGGCGUCCACCCUGAGACUACAAGAGGAUGACGCUCAUCCGACCCUGAAGCAGUCGCACUUCAUGUCCAUACCCAGCGAAGCACCACCUCAGGAACUUAACAAAAGUGGACGGCCGUCCCGAGAGUUGUCUUUGUGGGAAUGGAGACACUGGCAGCACAAGGUGCUUCCCACUCACGCUGUCGAUCAUUCCCUCCGCUGCCAGCACUUCGUCAAGGUGAUGGAGCUCAUAGACGGCAUGAGAGAGGAAGAUGAGGGGGAGUGCCGCUACGAACGGGAGCUUCUUCCUUAUCUCCGCCGAACCGAUGUCGCCGGUCGUGCGAAGGGCGGCGAGAAGAAGCAGAAGAGUGGCGCUAAAACGACCCAUAGCAAAACCAAACCGUCUCACUCGACCGCGUCUGUUCUGGGCCGUAUCGCGGAGGAAGCGGACAGAGAAAAGACGCAAAGGAGGAGUUUACUUUCGAUGAUGGCUGUGGCAAAACACACCUGUCCAUCUCCUUAUGAAACUCAAACAGCUUACGACUUUACAGAUUAUCCAGGGCCUGAGGCGUUUUGUCCUCCUCGUCCAAAAAAUGACUCUCCAGAAGCUGGCGGGAAUGACGACUGCGUCAUAAUUAACGAAGAUGUCAUGGAGUCAGAAAAUACAGUCGGAGAGCCUCGUCAGUCAGUCAGUAUUUCACAGCUUGUUCCGAAAAUGGACGAGGACGAAGAAGAAGAUGUUGAAACGCAGGCCAUGUUUUAUCUUCCUAAAUGGGAUUCAGUACCACCUCCUCCACCUCCCUCCUCUGCUGACCUCCUGCCAGGGAAAGGCAAGAGCCUGAAGAUCAUCCUGGCCAACGUAGCGGAGCUCCUGUCUCGCUCUCCACUCUCACCUCCUGCAGGUUUAGAGGCGGACGUGGCUGCUCCGUCACUUCCUCCCUCUCUCCGGGAGGUCCAUUAUCCAUUCCAGGUCAGCUUUACCCUGGGUGUAGAUGAAGAUGACAAUGACGAAAUGAUGGCUGAUGAUGACGACGACGACGACGGUGCCUCGCCAAUGAGAGCCUCACGCCUGUCACCUGUGGGUGAAGGGCAAAUCGAAACCUGUCGUGAUUCGGUUCCCGACGUGGCCACUGACAGUCCGAGCUGGGAUGAGGUUUUUGGGGAUGAGGAAGUAGAUGAUGAUCAUCACGUGAAGGAAGGCAGCGUGGAGGCAGAGAAGAGACAGAACGACGACGGACAAAUGAAAGAGGAGCAUUCGGCGGUCGCAGCCUCUCCGUGCGGCUCUCAAUCAAACAAGAGCAUGGAUCUGUUUGGCGAUGACGAAGCCUUCCUGCAGAUGACCAUCCCAGACAUCUCCACUCCUGGCGUCACACCCAGGAAGUCUGACGUUUCCCCUACCACAGAAAAUAUGUCACAUAACACCUCAAACGCGCAUAAACCGACAAACCCAUGUCGGCUGAUAGCCGAUGAUAACACUCUGAAACAUGAUACACACACAUCAGCACCACCAUGUGAACCCAUAACAGACUUUUCCAUGACCGAUGACAUCGGUGAUUGUAAGUCUCCCACGGUCCAACACGAAGCUGAGUCAUUUGAAGGUUCCCGUGAUCUCUUCCCCGUCAACUUUGACCUCGGUUAUUCACUCGAGGACUCCUCCGAGGAUGAAGCCGACACAGAGUGUGUGGUGACUUCUCCACGGGCUGAAGAGCAGGCAGCUCCUGCAGUGUCUAACUCCUCUACUCCGUUCAACCGCAACACCAGAAUGCCUGCACGGUGUCUAGACGAGACCAAAUUGUCCACGCCGCACAUGUUUUUUUUAGGGCAGAGACAUAAAGACACGUCCCCUCUAGAAAGCGGAGCGCUCCCGUCUCCAAUCACGUCAGCGGGAGUGAGGAGGACGCUGCUGCCUGGGCCUCGCACGCCGUUGUUACUCUCCAGCUCGAAGCCCAAUCCCCCUCCUCGCACAGUAGUGGAGUGCAACAGUGACAGUGAAGAUGACAUUGUGCUCCCUAAAAAGAGACACCAGAACAUGGUCAACCCGCUGUCAUCGCCAGAAGUGUCCAAGAUCAGCGACGUAGACUCGCCGCUGUUUGUGAACAGGAAACGUGCAGCUCCACUCAACACCUCGGACGAGACGGGAGGCGAGGCCGAUUCUGACGACGAUUUCCAGACCCGGCGUGUGUUCAAACGCAAAAAAAGCACGUCACAGGAAGCCGAGAAGAAACGAGCGCCACAGGCCAAAGCCAAGAAAGGGCGUCAGUACCUGCUCGAGGAGGCGGAGCUGUCGGAGGACACGGACGGGGCAGAUGUGUCGUCCGACGAAGACGACGGCGACGAGGAGCAGAACCAUUCUCUCGAUGGGUUCGUGAUCGACAACACACACUUCUCCCAGGGACUGAAUGACUCGGAGAUGCAUGGAGUUUACCUGAAGUCUGUGAGAAGCCCUGCAGUCGGUGGCAAGUUCAAAAUGUCUUAUAGGAACCUUUGCAGCAACGUCUUUUCCCAGGUGCCUGAGAUGGAUGAAACGUAUGCAGAGGACAGCUUCGUCGUGGGCAGUGAGGUGGAAGAGGCUCAGAGCAGCGAGGAAGAGGCAGAAGACAUUGAACUCAUGCCCGAGGACUCGUAUGUGGACGGUAGGAGACAGUAUGCCACCAGGCGGCGUGUCUUUCUGCACAAGGUCAGAGCAGGAGCCGGGUCCAGUGCCGAGACCAAGGCGAAAGCUCCAACAGAGCCGAGAGCGGAGGCGAAAAUGAAAAUGAAGGGUAGGCGUGUUAUACGCAUCAACGACUCUAGUGAUGAAGAGAAAGAGAGAAGUGUUACAGCAGUGGGGGGUGAUGUGGAAGCACGGUCGGAGCCCAGCAGGCAGCAAACGGGCCCCUCCUCCUCGUCCUCCUCGUCUUCAACCAUAGCUGCUAAGGUCUCGUUGUUGAGCAAAGCACAAAGGAGCUCAGAGGCUGAAGAACGGCAGAGAGAGAGGUGUCGCCAGAGGCUGGAAAAUCAACAUCUCCUCUCUGACGAGCUGGACUUUGUGUCCACAUUCUCCAACAAUCGGCUCAAGGCCUCGGCUGCCUCUCCCUCAGAGCCUCAGGCCCAGAGGUCGGUCUGUCGGGACGCGUCGGUCGCCGAGUCCACCGCUCCGCCGGCGUCCGUGUGCAUUCUGGUGGACAGCCGCUGCCUCAGUGCCAGCGUUGAGUUGAUGACCAGCCUGCGCCAGCGCCACGCGGCCACCGUCCACGUCUGCUCCCUGGACGGCGGCUACUUCAUCGUCAGCAACCGCACGGCGGUGGAGAGGCACGGCCAGUCGGAUCUGGCCGCGCAGCAGAACAGGAAGCGCUUGGUGCAAAGGGUGAGCGGCUUACAGCGACUGUUUGAGCGCGUCUGUCUGAUUGUGGAGAAGGACCGAACCAAGCCAGGCGAGGCGUCGCGUCCGUUCCAGCGAACGCGCUACUAUGACAACACAUUGGCCGCGCUGGUGCGGAGCGGCGUUCGCUUGCUGUGGAGCGACGGCACCGAGCAGAGCGCCGGCCUGCUGGCCGACCUGGCGCGCCUGGAGCAGCGUAAAGGUCAGGGCAUCAGUGUGCCGCUGGAGGUCAAAGGGCAGCACAGGGAGCAGGCGCUGCAGCUGUACCUGAGCCUCCCUUCAGUCAGCCACGUCCACGCGCUCAACAUGUGCCACAAUUUCAGCUCAAUCGCCCAACUCAUGAACAGCUCCAUUGAAGCCAUACAGAAAGGAGGAUGCAUGAGUUCGUCCAGAGCCGAGGAGGUUUACCGCUUCCUCCGCUACUCCUGCGACACCUUCCUCAUGAACACGUCAAAAGCAGGAAAAACCACUUAGCGACAUGAGGGAUGUAGACUUAAGGGAUCAAAAUGAGCCAGCGGUCCGGUGAGUCUCUGGAGGUGAAAGUCACUCUGCUGUGUACAGUGACCGCUUCUAUCUUUAUGGUAAGAGAUCAUCAGGAUACUGGUUUGCUCUUUUUGCACAAGACAUUAAAGAGGAAAAUGAAUAUAAGGCUAUUUAAAACUAUUUUUUUAUGGAACUUUUUAUUUCACUUAGUUGUGUUAAAGACUGAUUAAAAUAACACAAUAUGUACAUUAGACUUGAAUAACUUAUUCAUUUUUGGUAAACAAAUAAAUAAAUAAUGGAAAUAUGUUUACAACUAUACUCAGAAAUUGACAGUGUUAAUUAUCUUAAAUAAAGCAAUAUUUUUGGUA